AGUACUCAAGUAACUAGUAAAACAGAAAAAGCACAUUUUCUCAUUUUUUUGCACGUAAUAUAAAAUUAGCGACGGCGGCCUAGCGUCGGCGGACACGUGAAAAAACAUAGUUUUCUAUAGCUGGUUAACUGCCUCCUGCACUUCGAUUUUUCUUCCAACAGCUUUCUGGAAUCUGGACCUUAGGUACUGCUUUUGCCUGUACCAGCACUAGCAUUAGUAGUCUUAAGACAGUAAGACGGUGAAAUAAAGUGAAGUCAUCUUAGUCAUGCGGGGGCUUUAGGUAACCUGCUCGAAAAUCUGCGAUUUCCUAACGACCGAUGAGGCUAACGUGAUCGAAUUCGCUUUUGCGCUGUGGCAGUUUCACGACAGACGUUUUGCCCAUUCGAUCUCUGCCCAAGCUGAGCGAUGGACACCAAGAACUCGAAAAGUCGCAUUGCCCAACAAUCCUUUCCGUUUUCCGCGGAUCUCAGUCCACAGCGUAUGCCUCCGGAACAUUAUGCUGCUGUAGAUGAAUUGGAACUGAUUGAUUUGUAUGGAAUGGACAUGCGCAUUGCAAACGAAGAAACAUGGUUGUCGGGCGAGCAGAUGCCACCGCGUCGCGCAAUGGGCUUCCAGCGUUCCUCGUCGAUGGACUCAAUCAAUGACGCUGCUUUCUUCCUGGAGCACUCGGAACUGCUCCAUUCCCCCUUCCACAGUACGCCGCACCACGCUAAGGAAGGCGAGAACGGUAGAUUAAACGGGCGAGGUGAUGGCACUCAUGUUGAGACGGGCGUAAUCGACGCGGCCAACUCUUCCGUUGCCAACAGUCUGGCGCGCCAGUUCCAUGACAUGUCGCCCAUCAAAAAUCAGUCGCCCCUGUCUGGACACCGAUUAACGGAAGGUGCUGGAAAGCCACAACAACUCAAGACAAGCAAUGCUAAUUUCGAUAAAAUGGCACCGAACGCGGAUGCCGAGCAGCUCAAUGGGACAUUUUCCAAAGAAUCCAUGUCGCCUGAACCUGUUAACAAGACAUUCGAAAAGGAGAUUAAGGAGAAGCCGAAAGCCGCAGCGCCCGUGAAACCAACCAUUCCAACAUCAAAGCAGCCUGUGAAAGGGAAUGCACCAGCUUCCAAGGGAAUUCUGCGUGCUCCGGGCCCCCCUGUGACGAAAUCUACGAAGAAUCCCGGGAUGAAUCGGGCCACUUCCUUGGGGAAUAUUUCCGGAACAGAGAAGAAACUGGCUGUUAACAAUGGUGUGCCGGCGGGACCAGGACGGGCUGACAGCAAUCCCGCCCUUAAAGCACCGGUUGUCAGUAAAAUUCCCCGUCCCGCGGUACGCCUUCCCGCGCCUAGUGUGGCCGUGCCAUCGAGAAUUCCGAAACCAGGUGUUAAAAAGUAAAUUUCUUUUUUGACAUCAUUGCAACAAGCGUAUGCUUCACGCAUACCAAAUCUGGUGAAAGUAAUACUUCCAGUUGACUUUUAACUGCUAGCUGGCUACUAACUAGAUCUUUGAUUUUUUUGUAGUUCUCGUAAUCUGUUUCUUUUUUUAUUUUUUUAUGGUGUAAAUUAUUUUGAGCGGGUGGUUUAGAUUUGAUACGACAAUCUGGUCAUAUCAGUUGUGAGCGAAGGUUAUGAUAUGAAGUUCUGCAAUGG